UAAGGUAAGUCGGUCACGUGGUUUGCGGAAGCUCUCGUUAGCGCCUUCGCACAUUAUGAAAUUUCGAGGGAAGAAAACUCCAAGCGACAAACGUCAAAGGAGUGCGCCAGUCGUGGUUUCUUCGACCGUCUAGACGCACAAUAUUGAGUAUUAAGGAGUGAGAUUUGCUCCUUUUGCUUAAUCCACACCCACUUUUUAAAGAUGGCGCUCGUACCUGCCAACACCGAGGUGGAUUAUUCCAUCAAGCCGGAGGCUAUCACGCCCACAAUCGAUUCGGCGUCCUGGCCAUUGCUACUAAAGAAUUAUGAAAAGCUUCUUGUGCGCACCGGUCAUUUUACUCCAAUUCCUUGCGGCUGCACGCCUUACAAGCGUGACUUGCAAACCUACAUCCGCUCUGGUGUGAUCAACCUUGACAAGCCAUCUAAUCCUUCCAGUCAUGAAGUCGUGUCCUGGAUUAAACGUAUUCUUCGCAGGUUAGAAAAGACUGGUCACAGCGGCACCCUUGAUCCCAAGGUUACUGGUUGUUUGAUCGUUUGCUUGGAUCGCGCCACGCGUCUUGUCAAGUCCCAGCAGGGUGCCGGAAAGGAGUAUGUCUGCGUGAUCAGACUGCAUGACAAGAUUCCUGGUGGAGAGGCGCAGUUUGCCAGAGCAUUGGAGACACUCACAGGUGCUUUGUUUCAGCGUCCGCCAUUGAUUUCCGCCGUCAAGCGACAACUUCGUAUUCGUACGAUUCAUGAAAGCAAGCUCUAUGAGUUUGACAAUGAGAGACAUCUGGGUGUUUUCUGGGUCAGCUGCGAGGCUGGCACCUAUAUUCGUACUCUUUGCGUGCAUCUCGGUCUGUUGCUUGGUGUUGGCGCCCAUAUGCAGGAGCUACGACGUGUUCGAAGUGGUGCCAUGGACGAAAAUAGCGACAUGGUUACUCUCCACGAUGUGCUUGAUGCACAAUGGAUGCAAGAUAACACUCGUGACGAGUCAUACUUGCGAACAGUUAUUCAGCCUUUGGAGAGUCUUCUUACCUCCUACAAGCGGAUAGUUGUCAAAGACAGCGCUGUCAAUGCGGUCUGCUAUGGUGCUAAAUUGAUGAUUCCUGGUUUGUUGAGAUAUGAGGCCGGCAUUGAAGUCUAUGAGGAAGUCGUCCUUAUGACCACCAAGGGAGAGGCUAUCGCCAUCGCUAUCGCACAAAUGUCCACAGUCGAGCUCUCCUCUUGUGACCACGGUGUCGUGGCUAAGGUCAAGCGUUGCAUCAUGGAACGUGAUUUGUAUCCGAGAAGAUGGGGUCUUGGUCCCAUUGCCCUGGAGAAGAAGAAAUUGAAAUCUGAUGGAAAACUUGAUAAAUAUGGUAGGCCAAACGAAGCCACCCCUGCCAAGUGGCAACAAGAAUACAAGGAUUUCAACUUGCCUCUGGGUGAAUCUGCGGCAGCUCAGCCCGUGUCCGAGACUACUUCGAAGAGUGACGUUCUUAACGCACCCCCUGUUCCCCCGGUUCCCGCCGAAGGCCCCGUGCCGGGAGACGUUCCCACCACUGCCGAUACUCCCAUGAAGGAUGGUGAAGACGGUGAAACCAAGAAGAGAAAGCGCCAUGAUGGCGAGACUCCUGAAGAGAAGGCCGAGCGGAAGCGAAAGAAGCAAGAGAAGAAGGAGAAGAAAGAAAAGAGACGAUCGAAGAAGGCUGAAUCAGACAAUGAGAGUGACUAAAUGCUGGUUAUUCAUUGGCGCCUAUGGUUUGGUUGUGUACAUGAGUUCUCUAAAAAAAGCUUUGCCUUGAAAUUUUUCAUUUUUCGCCGGAUUAUUAUCCAUCUAUUCGAGGAAGCUGGAUGAUGAUGCUUGUAUUUUAAAACUUUCUUCUCUUUUCUAGUAGGGCGUUAGAGGUCAAAGUUUCGGAUAUGUAAACCUGACUUUCCGUCAUCCUAUCUAUGUCUACUCGCC